GGGACCCCCUCCCUGAUCCACUCCCUGAUCCUCAACCUCAGCCUGGCGGAUCUGCUCCUCCUGCUCUUCGCCGCGCCCCUGCGGGCCGCCGCUUACUCCCGCGGCGCCUGGCCCCUGGGCUGGUUCGUCUGCAAAACCUCCGACGGCUUCAGCCGCACGUGCAUGGCAGCCAAGAGCCUGACGACCACCGUGGUGGCCAAGGCUUGCUUCAUGUACGCCAGCAACCCGGCCAAGCAAGUGAGCAUCGAGGCGCGCACGAUCUGUGCUGUGCUCCUGGCCACGUGGCUGGCGGCUCCGGGCAGCUCCGUGCCGCUCUGGCUCUUCAGCACGCUCCGGGAGCUGGCGGCGGGCUCGGCUGUGUGCAUCGUGGCCGUGCCAGCCCCUGCCCAGCAGUUCAUGGCCGUUUUCGUCAAGCUCUACCCCCUGCUUGUGUUCGCCGCGCCCCUGCUCUGCGCCUUCUUGUAUUUCUGGCGCGCUUAUGGCCAGUGCCAGCGCAGGGGGACCAAGACCCAAAACCUGAGGAACCAGAUCAGGUCGAGGCGCCUUACAAUAAUGCUGCUAAGCGUCACUGUGACCUUGACAGUGAUGUGGCUGCCCGAAUGGAUAUCCUGGCUGUGGGUUUGGCACCUAAAGCCAGCAAGCCCUGCUCCACCCGAAGGAUUCUUGGCUCUGACCCAAGUCCUUAUGUUUGCCAUCUCAUCAGUCAACCCUCUCAUCUUCCUGGUGAUGUCUGAGGAAUUCAGAGAGGGCUUUAAGGGCUUGUGGAAAAGACUGACCCUGGAAAAGCCUGUCCCUGCCACAGACAACCAGGAAAUCCCAGCUGCUAACUCUGAGGGUCUUCCUGAUUCUGUCCCUUCUCCAGAGUCAGCGAUUGCUGAGCAAGAGGAAGAACUCCCAGCUGCCCCCCAAGCCUCAGAAAGCCUGGAAAAGAAGGAGAUGCCAGUCUUUCCAGACGUAGAGCAGUUCUGGCAUGACCGAGAAGCCGCCCCAGAUGCUCAAGACAAUGACCCUAUUCCCUGGGAACACGAAGAGCAAGAGACAGUAGGCUGUGAUCAGUAAGGUUGAAGUUUUUAGCCAGAGGAAGGUCUAGUCAGUAUAGUUUUGCUACUUACCAAUGUGCUUAAACUGAUAAGGAAUAUACAGGAAAAAUGUUACACUGGUGAAAUUUUUACCAUUUUCUGUGCUCAUUAAAUGUUUGAUUUCCAAAUCUGUUACAAUAUUAAUAUUUGCAGUACUGUAGCCCUCUUGGUCCCAGGAUAUUGCAGACUUGAAGAGCUGUGUAAACUCCAAGGCUUGUUUCUUUGCACCAACUGAAGUUGGUGUUCAUCUACAAGGUAUUUCCUCACCCACAAUAAAGGGUGUGUAUGUGUAUCAGGGCAAUGCAUUAAUAGUUUCAAUCCUGAUGAUCAAAAUUUUGGUGAAGUGUUUCCUCAGAAAUGCUAACGUUUUGCAUUUCAGUAGCCAAUGUGGAGAUUUUUUUUAAAAAGGUGUUUGAGACAGAGAAUUGAGAACAGAAAUUAGAGAACAGACACAAACUUAAAUCAGGACAAGCUGGUGAGCUCAAUUUCAAAAUACGUCUAACCGUCAAAGAGAAAACAUUAAUAUUCACAAAAUACAUUGCAGAUUAUGUACCCAUUUUGAUGUUCUGGUUUAAGUGCUGCAGUUACUUCUGUGGAAUUCAUAUAGUUUCACAGGGUGAUGGUGCAGAAUUUGACUUCAGCAGUACAACAGGGCAUAUUUUCAGAAAUUUUUUUUUUGAAACAACUGAAAAAGCAGGUGAGGUUUGCUAACAAGUCAGAAUUGCUUUUCAGAACCAAAACAAUAAUUCCCCCUUUCUGAAUGUGCAUUAUUGAGAUGAAGGUAUAUUUAGAAAUCUUGUUCUAAGAUAAACAUGUUUUGUGUCUUCCUCAGUAAAAAUGUUUCAUGCUAAUUUUGUAAAGUACUUACAAAGCGUAGCAGGUGUCAGUCACUGUCAGUUUGUUUUCUACUGUGAAUAAAUAAAAAGUGAAGUUGGUUUGCCUUACUUAGGGCAUGUUUAUACUAGGAAAUUAUUUCAAAAUAGCGUGCCCACACUACAGGGAAGCAUUGAAAUCAAUCCGAGGAAGGCUAUUGCGAAAUGAGUGUUAUUCCUUGUGGAAAGCUGGAGCUAUUAUUUUGAAAUAACCAGCCCAUUAUUUUGAAACAACAGGCUUGGUAGUUUGGACACUCUGCUUGUUAUUUCAAAAUAACUCCCUGUAGUGUAGACCAGGGCUUAGACCCAAAAAUCGUUUUCUUCAGUCCACUGAAAUUCACAGGAGAUAUUUCUUGUAGUUAAGUAAAGGGAUGGUUUUAUAAAAUUGCUGAUAUCAUUGAGAGAGUCAUUAAUUCAAGAAGAAUCAACACAAUAGUAUUGUAUCUUAAAACGGUGAGUGGUUCCUACUUGAACAUUACAAAAUGGUUAUUUGUGAGAACUGCUCAGUAGGACUAAAAACCACCCUCAGAUCUCUCCAGCCCUAGUAAAUUGAGUCACUGGUUCUACCUUGUGAAUUAGCUCACGUGCUUGGAAAUAAGAUCUACCCUACUUGUUGGAGCAGCUCAGAUUUUCCCACAAUGUGUAUCACAGUCACAGACAAGAGAAACUCUGACAUGACUGUGGGUUGUGUAACUUAAGAGAAUAAACAGUGACUAUUACAGUCUGUUAAUACCUACAUAGGGAACAAAUAUUUAACUAUAAUCUCUUCAAUCUAGCAAACCAAGAUAUAACAUAAUGCAGUCUCUAGAAAGUGAAUCUAGACAAAUUCAGACUGGAAAUAAAGUGUAAACUUUAACGGUGAGAAUUAAGGAUAGCCACAAUUUAACCAAAGAUCCUUGUGGAUUUUCCAUCAGUGACCAUUUUUAAAUCAAGACAGAUGUUUCUCUGAAAGAGCUGUUCUGGGAAUUAUGUUGGUGAUGUUCUAUGAUCUGUAUUAUUCAUUAUGACAGACGAGAUGAUCUUGUCUGGCCUUAGAAUCUAUGAAUUUGAGAGACAUAUGUGUUGGUGGCAGAGUUUGAGCUGAACUUCUAGUUACCUUUCCAAACACAGUUUGACCGUCCAGACUGCAGCAAUGGCCCAUGUUUGUUUCAUCUGCAUGUGGAUGGAGGUCAUAACUGUUCCAAUCCUCUGCCUGUGCCAGUUACCUUAGCCUUGUAUCUUCAAUUUAGACAACUUUACCACCACCACACUUGGGUCACCACUCAAAUUUCAGCUAGUGCACAAUGUGCUGGGUUUGCUUUCUUAGUAGAGUUUCACACAUGGAAUAUAAGACACUAUUGUGCCUAUGCAUAUGCUGGCUUUCAGGUGGAUUGAGUGCAAUUAUAUUGAUAAAGCCCAUCAUGAUUUGGAUUCUUGGCAUCUGACAGUAAGUCUACAUAGCCAAAAAAAAAUAAAAAAAAUCUGCUGGCUUGUUUCACUGCUGUGUAAAAAUCUGGGCUUGAGCAGGAGCCCAGGCUAUAGAAACCUGGGAUUGGGAUGGUUCAAGAGCCUAGCUCCAGCCUGGGCCCGUUACACAGCAAUGAAAUAGCUCUGCAGCUCAAGUUGGCUGGCGUGGGCCAGCAAUGGGUUUUUCUUUACUGUGUAAACAUACCCAAGAGACCACCUUCCCUACCCAUGCUUCAUUCUGGCAAUUAAGCUCUGGCAUACACAUUCCACUAAAUUCACAUUUGCAUGGGAGUAGGCUAGAAGCAGGUCAUUCCUAGAGGGUCCUUUACACUGGAACAGGUACUGUUCCAACCCAGUCCAAUAGAGCUAGAGAGGUCAACCCUCAGAACAUAAUGCAAUGCUCAUUUAGUGAAAUAUUAGGGGAGAUAGGAAGCCCCAGGUGAUUUUAUCUAGACAGACUAAGUUUACAUUUAAAAUAAAAUCUCUGUAUUGGGUAAGUCUAAUGAGAGGUGGGGUGCACUAGUAGCACUGUACUUAAGGUUAUAUUUGAUGUCAAAUUAGACAGGAUCUCAUUUAUAACCCACUAUAGUUUGUGCAUUUCAAGGAGGCACUGGGGAAUGUGACACUUUUUGAUGUUUAGGUUUUAUUGCUAGUUAUUUUAUAGAAAAACUAAUUUAAUGUUUGCUUCUUAAACACUGUUUUAGGGUGUUAAUCUGGGCAAAAUUUUCUCAGAUCUCUGAUCUAAAUUUCAGGAAUUCAAGAGGAUCCAGGUCAUGUCAGCUUGUGUGUGAGAACAGCACUUAAUAUGAUAUGGCCUAUUAAUAUUACUGUAAAUUCAUGUUAAUAUACAAGAGGAAAAUGUUUGCCGCUAUCUAAACUUCAUAGGUUACAUUACUUUCUGUAGCUUUAACAAAGCUCUCUCAUACUCUAGUGAACAAGACACCCCAAGCUGACAGAGUUAGCCACUUGUUUUUUUGGGAUCUGGCACACCAGCAGACUCACUAAAGUCUAAUAAAAAAAUCGUAAACCGAUUUCUCUCAUUUCAAAAGUCUUUGUGGGAAAAGAAUGAUAGAAAGCAAAGAGAAUUGUGUUAUAUCAGAAAGAUGUGAACCACGCCUCCCACCGACUAAGCACCAAAAGGAAACUCACUCUUCAUCUCAAGCACAACAGAGGACCAAGAAACUAACCAAACACCAAUUUUGAGUUUUUUGCUGUUUUGCAAAUAAUUUCAUAUUGUAUUUGCACUUGAAUGCAAUGUUCUAGUAUAAAAAUUACAUUAGUCUACA